AUGAAGGCCUCUCAGAGCCUCCUCCUCCUCCCGCUGCUCUGCGCCCUGGCCUGGGCCCAGUGCCCGCUCCCGGCCGAGCUGAAGAACCCCAAUGGCACCAAGAUCUGCGCCCAGCUCUACACGGACAACAGCCCCUACUACGACCAGUGCUGUGGGGGGAGCGUCCUGCUGGUGCAGCCGGACGAAGAUCAGCCCUACGUCCCAAAGGCAUUCAAUGACAAGGUCUCCUCCUUGGUGGUGGCCCCCCGUUGCGAGCUGUCCGUCUGGGACAAGAAGGGCAAAGCUGGCAAGACCAGGAAGUUUAAGACCGGGGCCUUCCCCCGGCUCCAAGAGUAUCGAAAGGGGCUUAUGGGAAACUGGGACAAUGCCAUCUCGGCCUUCUACUGCAAGUGUUCGUGA